AUGGACGAAAUCGAGGAGCUUAAAGCCAUUCUUAGAGAGCGCAAGGCUCUGGAGAAAGCGCUAGACGAGGCCGAAGAAGAAGCAAGACGAGCCGCUGCCGCUUCUGCCGCCGCUGCUGCUGCAGGAGGAGGGGGAGGAGCGGGCGGAGCGGGAGGAUCGGCGGAGGUUGCGGAAGACGGGUUGACCGCGGAGCAGCGCGCGGAGCGGAAGGCGGAGAAGUUGCGGGAGCUGCUGGCGAAGCGGGCGCAGGAGCAGGCGGAGAAGCGGCGCGAGGCGGCGGAGCUGUUCGCGUUCGGACAGCAGGCGUACGGGCGCGGCGUGUACGACAAGAGCGUGGCAAUCCUCGAACAGGCGCUGGGAAACGUGGAGUUCACAUCGAAGCUCGCAGGAGAGGUUGGUCAGUUCCUGUUUGUGUUAAAUGCAUAUUGCCUGGCCCGCUCCAGGAACUGGACAAGAGCGUGGCGAUCGAUCCUCAAGCAGGCGCUGGGAAACGUGGAGUUCACAUCGAAGCUCGCAGGAGAGGUUGGUCAGUUCCUGUUUGUGUUAAAUGCAUAUUGCCUGGCCCGCUCCAGGAACUGGACAAGAGCGUGGCGAUCGAUCCUCAAGCAGGCGCUGGGAAACGUGGAGUUCACAUCGAAGCUCGCAGGCGAGGUAGGCUGUGUGCUCCCUUCUGCAGCGCACAUUGCACAGGCCAGAGUGCCUAUCCAACUCUGGCUGCCCGUUGACGCCAACGGGCAGAGCCACCCUCCCCCUGCCCCCAUCCAACUCUGGCUGGCAAUGGCUUAUGACGCCAAUGGGCAGCGCCCAGAGUGCCUGGCGCUGUAUCGCAAGCUGGAGAGCAACCACCCCAUACCUGGUGCCUUCUCAGUCGAAUCCAAUGCCCCCCUCCCCUCCUCCUUCCCCGCCUCUUGUCCACCCUUCUGCCCUGCUGAUUCCAUCCAGAUCCAGCUCUGGCUCGCCAUGGCCUACGAUGCCAACGGGCAGCGGCCUGAAUGCUUGGCGCUCUACCGCAAGCUGGAGAGCAACCACCCCAUGCCCGCCAUCCGCGCGCAGGCUGCCAACAUGCGCUACAUAGCAGAGGCGCCCAAGCUGAAGCUGUCCCCCGAUGAGAUCCUCAAAGUGCCGAUUCUCGACAAGGACAACAAAAGUUCUGGGCGCACGUGGAGUCAGAUGGUGACGGAGAGACGGCCCAAGCGCAUCAAGAAGCUGAAAAACUCUGGGUCGAGGGACUAUAUGGAUGACCUCAUGUCGUUUAAGCCGCCCAGGUGGGAGAAGAGCCCUUAUUUCUGGGUGGCCUUCUCGAGCUUCACAUCUCGCCUCUCAGCUGACCUCAGCAGCGUCUUCCCCUCCCCCAUCAACCACGUGCUCGUGAAUGAGUAUCAAGAAGGGCAGGGCAUCAUGCCACACCAGGACGGCCCGGCCUACUUCCCCUGUGUGGCCAUACUCUCUCUCGGCCUGCCUGGAACCAUGGCGUUCUCUCCCCACCAGAGGCUGCUGGAGGAACGCAGAGAGGCGGGCGGGGGCGCCUCUGUGGAUAGAGAGGGUGGAGCUGUGAGGGCAGGAGAUGGGAAGGAUGAAAUGGGACGAGAAGAGGCAGGCGAGUGGGGUAUGUAUGGCGAUGCAGUGGUGACGAGGGAGAGUGUGGCUCUGCCUCCUCGAAGCCUGCUCGUGUUCAAGGAUCAAGCAUACACAGAUUACCUUCAUGCGGCUACAGCCUCGACGUCAAGUGAAGCUGUUUUCGAGGGCCAGUACUUCGUUACAGGGGACCUCACAGCCUCUAUUUAUCGUGAUGACUGCAGGUUCAAGGAUCCGACGAAUGACACAUCCGGACUGGCGCGCUACCUGGCUGCUGUGAGCAUUCUCUUCGACCCGGCAUUCUCUAAGCAGGAGCUUCUCUCCAUCGCGGUCACCUCCGACAAGUCAGUCACUGCCACGUGGCGGCUUGGCGGGUACCUCAAGUUCCCUUGGCAGCCCAGAGUAGAGCCAUUCACAG